AGAGCCCGGAGUCGGCGACAAAAGGAGCGACCCGGAGGGCCGUUUGCGGCCGGACUGAUCGGGCGAGGGCUUGGGGCCGCGUCUGGCCACCCCGGCCAGCCUGGCACCGCCCGUUGUCCACGCAGGGGCCCGGCGCGCGGAACCCAGGCCGGGUGAGCUGAUGGGCCCAAUACCUUUCUCCUGAGACGUAAACCAGCUCAAAGGAAAAAUGGCGUUCGUUGCAACACAAGGGGCCACUGUGGUUGACCAAACCACUCUGAUGAAAAAAUACCUUCAGUUUGUGGCGGCUCUCACGGAUGUAAAUACACCUGAUGAAACGAAGCUAAAAAUGAUGCAAGAAGUUAGUGAAAAUUUUGAGAACGUGACGUCCUCGCCUCAGUAUUCCACAUUCCUGGAACACAUUAUCCCUCGGUUUCUUACCUUUCUUCAGGACGGAGAAGUUCAGUUUCUUCAGGAGAAGCCCGCCCAGCAACUUCGGAAACUAGUACUUGAGAUAAUUCAUCGAAUACCAACCAACGAACAUCUUCGUCCUCAUACAAAAAAUGUUUUGUCUGUGAUGUUUCGCUUUUUAGAGACGGAAAAUGAAGAAAAUGUUCUUAUUUGUCUAAGAAUAAUUAUUGAGCUACAUAAACAGUUCCGACCACCGAUCACGCAAGAAAUACAUCAUUUUUUGGAUUUCGUGAAGCAGAUAUACAAGGAGCUCCCGAAAGUUGUGAACCGCUACUUUGAGAACCCGCAGGUGAUCCCCGAGAACACAGUCCCUCCCCCAGAAAUGGUUGGCAUGAUCACAACAAUCGCCGUGAAGGUCAGCCCCGAGCGUGAGGACAGCGAGACGCGCACGCACUCCAUCAUUCCCAGAGGCUCGCUGUCCCUGAAAGUGUUGGCCGAGUUGCCCAUCAUUGUUGUCUUAAUGUACCAGCUCUACAAACUGAACAUCCACAACGUUGUUGCUGAAUUUGUGCCUCUGAUCAUGAAUACCAUUGCGAUUCAGGUAUCUGCGCAAGCCAGGCAGCAUAAGCUUUACAACAAGGAGCUGUAUGCUGACUUCAUCGCUGCCCAGAUUAAAACACUGUCGUUUUUAGCUUACAUCAUCAGAAUUUACCAGGAGCUGGUGACCAAGUACUCGCAGCAGAUGGUGAAAGGCAUGCUGCAGCUGCUUUCCAAUUGUCCAGCGGAGACGGCGCACCUCCGGAAGGAGCUGCUGAUUGCCGCCAAGCACAUCCUCACCACAGAGCUGAGGAACCAGUUCAUCCCCUGCAUGGACAAGCUGUUUGAUGAGUCCAUUCUCAUCGGCUCGGGGUACACGGCUCGGGAGACGCUAAGGCCGCUCGCCUACAGCACGCUGGCUGACCUCGUGCACCACGUCCGCCAGCACCUGCCCCUCAGCGACCUCUCCCUCGCCGUCCAGCUCUUUGCCAAGAACAUCGACGAUGAGUCCCUGCCCAGCAGCAUCCAGACCAUGUCCUGCAAGCUCCUGCUGAACCUGGUGGACUGCAUCCGCUCCAAGAGCGAGCAGGAGAGCGGCAACGGCAGGGACGUGCUGAUGCGCAUGCUCGAGGUUUUUGUCCUCAAAUUCCACACCAUUGCUCGGUACCAGCUCUCUGCCAUUUUCAAGAAGUGCAAGCCUCAGUCGGAACUGGGAGCUGUGGAAGCAGCCCUGCCUGGGGUGCCCACGGCCCCCGCGGCCCCGGGCCCCACCCCCUCUCCCGCCCCUGUGCCCACCCCGGCCCCGCCCCCACCCCCCACCCCAGCGACCCCAGUGACCCCAGUGACCCCGGCCCCUGUGCCGCCCUUUGAGAAGCAAGGAGAAAAGGAUAAGGAAGACAAGCAGACGUUCCAGGUCACGGACUGCCGGAGCUUGGUGAAGACGCUGGUGUGUGGCGUCAAGACCAUCACGUGGGGCAUCACGUCCUGCAAAGCGCCCGGUGAAGCUCAGUUCAUCCCCAACAAGCAGCUGCAGCCCAAGGAAACACAGAUCUACAUCAAGCUCGUGAAAUACGCCAUGCAGGCUUUGGAUAUUUAUCAGGUCCAGAUCGCAGGCAGCGGCCAGACCUACAUCCGCGUCGCCAACUGCCAGACGGUGCGCAUGAAGGAGGAGAAGGAGGUGCUGGAGCACUUCGCCGGCGUCUUCACCAUGAUGAAUCCCCUGACGUUCAAGGAGAUCUUCCAGACCACGGUCCCGUACAUGGUGGAGAGGAUCGCGAAGAACUACGCUCUGCAGAUUGUUGCCAAUUCCUUCCUGGCCAAUCCCACUACCUCGGCGCUGUUCGCCACAAUUCUGGUGGAGUAUCUCCUGGAUCGGCUGCCGGAGAUGGGCUCCAACGUGGAGCUCUCCAACCUGUACCUCAAGCUGUUUAAACUGGUCUUCGGCUCCGUCUCCCUCUUCGCAGCUGAAAACGAGCAGAUGCUGAAGCCUCACCUGCACAAGAUUGUGAACAGCUCGAUGGAGCUCGCACAGACAGCCAAGGAGCCCUACAACUACUUCCUGCUGCUCCGGGCGCUCUUCCGCUCCAUCGGCGGGGGCAGCCACGACCUCCUGUACCAGGAGUUCCUGCCCCUCCUCCCCAACCUCCUGCAAGGACUGAACAUGCUGCAGAGCGGCCUGCACAAGCAGCACAUGAAGGACCUCUUCGUGGAGCUGUGUCUCACGGUGCCCGUGCGGCUGAGCUCUCUGCUGCCCUAUCUGCCCAUGCUCAUGGACCCCCUGGUGUCCGCGCUCAAUGGCUCGCAGACGUUGGUCAGCCAGGGCCUGCGGACUCUGGAGCUGUGUGUGGACAACCUGCAGCCUGACUUCCUGUACGACCACAUCCAGCCAGUGCGAGCAGAGCUCAUGCAGGCUUUGUGGCGCACUUUACGCAAUCCUGCCGAUAGCAUCUCUCACGUGGCCUACCGUGUCCUGGGCAAGUUUGGUGGCAGCAACAGGAAGAUGUUAAAGGAGUCCCAGAAGCUGCACUACGUCGUGACGGAAGUUCAAGGCCCCAGCAUUACCGUGGAGUUUGCCGACUGUAAAGCAUCUCUUCAGCUCCCCAUGGAGAAGGCCAUCGAAACGGCUCUGGACUGCCUGAAGAGCGCCAACACGGAACCCUACUACCGGCGGCAGGCGUGGGAGGUGAUCAGGUGCUUCCUGGUGGCCAUGAUGAGCCUGGAGGACAACAAGCACGCGCUCUACCAGCUCCUGGCCCACCCCAACUUCACAGAGAAGACCAUCCCGAACGUCAUCAUAUCCCACCGCUACAAGGCGCAGGACACGCCGGCCCGGAAGACAUUCGAGCAGGCUCUGACGGGGGCCUUCAUGUCGGCCGUCAUCAAGGACCUGCGGCCCAGCGCCCUGCCCUUCGUGGCCAGCCUGAUUCGCCACUACACCAUGGUGGCUGUGGCCCAGCAGUGUGGUCCAUUCUUGCUGCCUUGCUACCAGGUGGGCAGCCAGCCCAGCACAGCCAUGUUUCACAGUGAAGAAAACGGGUCGAAGGGGAUGGAUCCCUUGGUUCUGAUCGACGCCAUAGCUAUUUGCAUGGCCUACGAGGAAAAGGAACUCUGCAAGAUCGGGGAGGUGGCCUUGGCUGUGAUAUUUGACGUUGCGAGUAUCAUCCUAGGCUCCAAGGAGAGGGCGUGCCAGCUACCCCUGUUCUCCUACAUCGUGGAGCGCCUGUGCGCGUGUUGUUACGAGCAGGCUUGGUAUGCAAAGCUGGGGGGCGUGGUGUCCAUCAAGUUCCUCAUGGAGCGGCUGCCUCUCACAUGGGUUCUCCAGAACCAGCAGACGUUCCUCAAAGCACUCCUGUUCGUCAUGAUGGACUUGACCGGAGAGGUUUCCAAUGGGGCUGUCGCCAUGGCCAAGACCACCCUGGAACAGCUCCUGAUGAGGUGUGCGACCCCUCUGAAAGACGAGGAGCGGGCCGAGGAGAUCCUGGCUGCUCAGGAGAAGUCCUUCCACCACGUGACGCAUGACCUGGUUCGAGAAGUCACCUCUCCGAACUCCACCGUGAGAAAACAGGCUAUGCACUCCCUGCAGGUACUGGCCCAGGUCACUGGAAAAAGUGUGACAGUGAUAAUGGAACCCCACAAAGAGGUCCUCCAGGACAUGGUCCCACCCAAGAAGCACUUGCUGCGACACCAGCCGGCCAACGCCCAGAUCGGCCUCAUGGAGGGGAACACGUUCUGCACCACGUUACAGCCCCGCCUCUUCACCAUGGACCUGAACGUGGUGGAGCAUAAGGUGUUCUACACAGAGCUGUUGAACUUGUGUGAGGCCGAAGACUCCGCUUUAACGAAGCUGCCCUGCUACAAAAGUCUCCCCUCGCUUGUGCCCUUGCGAAUCGCAGCCCUGAAUGCGCUUGCAGCCUGCAAUUACCUUCCUCAGUCCAGAGAGAAGAUCAUCGCUGCGCUCUUCAAAGCCCUGAAUUCCACCAACAGUGAGCUCCAGGAGGCUGGGGAAGCCUGCAUGAGGAAGUUUUUAGAAGGCGCGACGAUAGAGGUCGAUCAGAUCCAUACGCACAUGCGCCCUCUGUUGAUGAUGCUGGGAGAUUACCGGAGCUUGACCCUGAACGUGGUGAAUCGGCUGACUUCCGUCACCAGGCUCUUCCCAAAUUCCUUCAACGAUAAAUUUUGUGAUCAGAUGAUGCAACAUCUGCGCAAGUGGAUGGAGGUGGUGGUCAUCACCCACAAAGGGGGCCAGAGGAGCGACGGAAACGAGAGCAUUUCAGAGUGCGGGAGGUGCUCCUUGUCUCCAUUCUGUCAGUUUGAGCCUGCCAUGGAAGGGGUAGAGGAAAUGAAGAUUUGUUCGGCCAUCAUAAACCUUUUCCACCUGAUCCCAGCCGCGCCUCAGACCCUGGUCAAGCCUCUGCUGGAGGUGGUCAUGAAGACAGAGCGCGCCAUGUUGAUUGAGGCGGGCAGUCCGUUCCGGGAGCCCCUCAUCAAGUUCCUCACGCGGCACCCCUCGCAGACGGUGGAGCUGUUCAUGAUGGAGGCCACGCUCAACGACCCCCAGUGGAGCAGGAUGUUCAUGAGUUUCUUGAAGCACAAAGAUGCCAAGCCGCUGCGGGACGUGCUGGCGGCCAACCCCAACAGGUUCAUCACGCUGCUGCUGCCGGGCGGCGCGCAGACGGCCGUGCGCCCCGGCUCGCCCAGCACCAUGCGCCUGGACCUCCAGUUCCAGGCCAUCAAGAUCAUCAGCAUCAUUGUGAAAAACGACGACUCGUGGCUGGCCAAUCAGCACUCCCUGGUGAGCCAGCUGCGGCGCGUGUGGGUCAGCGAGGCCUUCCAAGAGAGACACCGCAAGGAGAACAUGGCGGCCACCAACUGGAAGGAGCCCAAGCUGCUGGCCUAUUGUCUGCUCAACUACUGCAAAAGGAACUAUGGAGAUAUAGAACUGCUGUUCCAGUUGCUCCGAGCCUUCACGGGUCGCUUUCUCUGCAACAUGACGUUCCUGAAAGAGUACAUGGAGGAAGAGAUUCCCAAAAAUUACAGCAUCGCUCAGAAACGCGCCCUGUUUUUCCGCUUUGUAGACUUCAGUGACCCCAACUUUGGAGAUGAGCUGAAAGCCAAGGUCCUGCAGCAUAUCUUGAAUCCUGCUUUCUUGUACAGCUUUGAGAAGGGGGAAGGAGAGCAGCUCUUGGGACCUCCCAACCCAGAAGGAGACAGCCCAGAGAGCAUCACCAGCGUGUUCAUCACCAAGGUUCUGGACCCCGAGAAGCAGGCCGACAUGCUGGACUCGCUGAGGAUCUACCUGCUGCAGCACGCCACGCUGCUGGUGGAGCACGCCCCCCACCACAUCCACGACAACAACAAGAGCCGCAACAGCAAGCUGCGGCGCCUCAUGACCUUCGCCUGGCCCUGCCUGCUCUCCAAGGCCUGCGUGGACCCCGCCUGCAAGUACAGCGGACACCUGCUGCUGGCCCACAUCAUCGCCAAGUUCGCCAUACACAAGAAGAUCGUGCUUCAGGUGUUCCACAGCCUGCUCAAGGCGCACGCCAUGGAAGCACGCGCCAUCGUCAGACAGGCAAUGGCCAUCUUGACACCUGCGGUGCCUGCCCGGAUGGAGGACGGGCACCAGAUGCUGACCCACUGGACCAGGAAGAUCAUCGUGGAGGAGGGGCACACGGUCCCGCAGCUCGUGCACAUCUUGCAUCUGAUAGUGCAGCAUUUUAAGGUGUACUACCCGGUGCGCCACCACCUGGUGCAGCACAUGGUGAGCGCCAUGCAGCGGCUGGGUUUCACGCCCAGCGUCACCAUCGAGCAGAGGCGGCUGGCUGUGGACCUGUCUGAGGUCGUCAUCAAGUGGGAGCUGCAGAGGAUCAAGGACCAGCAGCCGGAUUCAGAUAUGGACCCCGGUUCCAGUGGAGAGGGCGUCCCGUCAGUGUCGUCGUCCAUCAAGAGGGGCUUGUCCGUGGACUCAGCACAGGAAGUGAAGCGCUUCCGGACAGCCACCGGCGCCAUCAGUGCGGUGUUCGGGCGGAGCCAGUCACUGCCGGGCGCCGACUGUCUCCUGGCCAAGCCCAUUGACAAGCAGCACACGGACACCGUGGUGAACUUCCUCAUCCGCGUGGCCUGUCAGGUUAACGACAACACCAACACGGCUGGGUCCCCUGGGGAGGUGCUGUCUCGCCGCUGUGUCAAUCUUCUGAAGACCGCCUUGCGCCCGGAUAUGUGGUCCAAGUCUGAGCUUAAGCUGCAGUGGUUCGACAAGCUGCUGAUGACUGUGGAGCAGCCGAACCAAGUCAACUACGGGAACAUCUGCACGGGGCUGGAGGUGCUGAGCUUCCUGCUGACGGUGCUGCAGCCGCCCGCCAUCCUCAGCAGCUUCAAGCCCCUGCAGCGCGGGAUCGCCGCCUGCAUGGCGUGCGGCAGCACCAAGGUGCUGCGGGCCGUGCACAGCCUGCUCUCGCGCCUCAUGAGCAUCUUCCCCACCGAGCCGAGUACGUCCAGCGUGGCCUCCAAGUACGAAGAGCUGGAGUGCCUGUAUGCGGCGGUCGGGAAGGUCAUCUACGAAGGGCUCACCAACUACGAGAAGGCUGCCAACGCCAACCCCUCGCAGCUCUUCGGGACGCUCAUGAUCCUCAAGUCUGCCUGCAGCAACAACCCGAGCUACAUAGACAGGCUGAUCUCGGUGUUCAUGCGCUCCCUGCAGAAGAUGGUGCGCGAGCACCUGAGUCCCCAGGCGGCGGGGAGCACAGACGCAGCCUCAGGGACGAGCGAGCUGGUGAUGCUGAGCCUGGAGCUGGUGAAGACGCGCCUGGCCGUGAUGAGCAUGGAGAUGCGCAAGAGCUUCAUCCAGGCCAUCCUCACGUCCCUCAUCGAGAAGUCGCCCGACGCCAAGAUCCUGCGCGCCGUGGUGAAGAUCGUGGAAGAGUGGGUGAAGAGCAGCUCCCCGACGGCCGCCAACCAGACACCCACGCUGCGGGAGAAGUCCAUCUUGCUUGUGAAAAUGAUGACCUACAUAGAAAAGCGCUUCCCGGAAGACCUUGAGUUAAACGCCCAGUUUUUAGACCUUGUUAACUAUGUCUACAGGGACGAGACGCUGUCGGGCAGCGAGCUCACCGCCAAGCUCGAGCCUGCUUUCCUGUCUGGGCUGCGGUGUGCCCAGCCGCUCAUCCGGGCCAAGUUUUUCGAGGUUUUUGACAACUCCAUGAAACGCCGGGUCUACGAGCGCCUGCUGUACGUGACCUGCUCCCAGAACUGGGAGGCCAUGGGGAACCACUUCUGGAUCAAGCAGUGCAUCGAGCUCCUCCUGGCCGUGUGUGAGAAGAGCACACCCAUUGGUACCAGCUGCCAGGGGGCCAUGCUUCCGGCCAUCACCAACGUCAUCAACCUGGCUGACAGCCACGACCGAGCCGCCUUCGCCAUGGUCACACACGUCAAGCAGGAACCUCGGGAGCGAGAGAACAGCGAGUCCAAAGAGGAGGAUGUGGAGAUAGAUAUUGAGCUGGCUCCCGGAGAUCAGACCAGCACGCCCAGAACCAAGGAGCUGUCCGAGAAGGACAUCGGGAACCAGCUGCAUAUGCUGACCAACAGACACGACAAGUUCCUUGAUACCCUCCGGGAAGUGAAGACUGGGGCGCUGCUGAGUGCCUUUGUCCAGCUGUGCCACAUCUCCACGACGCUGGCCGAGAAGACCUGGGUCCAGCUGUUCCCCAGACUGUGGAAAAUCCUCUCGGACAGACAGCAGCACGCGCUGGCGGGCGAGAUCAGCCCGUUCCUGUGCAGCGGCAGCCACCAGGUGCAGCGCGACUGUCAGCCCAGUGCGCUGAACUGCUUUGUGGAAGCCAUGUCCCAGUGCGUGCCCCCGAUCCCCAUCCGGCCCUGCGUCCUGAAGUACCUGGGCAAGACGCACAACCUCUGGCUGCGGUCCACGCUCAUGCUCGAGCACCAGGCCUUUGAGAAGGGCCUGAGCCUGCAGAUGAAGCCCAAGCAGACCGCGGAGUUCUACGAGCAGGAGAGCAUCACGCCGCCCCAGCAGGAGAUCCUGGACUCCCUCGCUGAGCUCUACUCCCUGCUCCAAGAGGAAGACAUGUGGGCCGGCCUGUGGCAGAAGCGGUGCAAGUACUCGGAGACGGCGACGGCCAUCGCCUACGAGCAGCACGGCUUCUUUGAGCAGGCACAAGAAUCGUAUGAGAAGGCGAUGGACAAAGCCAAGAAGGAGCACGAGAGGAGUAACGCGUCCCCGGCCAUCUUCCCCGAGUACCAGCUCUGGGAGGACCACUGGAUCCGGUGCUCUAAGGAGUUGAACCAGUGGGAAGCCUUGACGGAGUACGGCCAGUCCAAGGGACACAUCAACCCCUACCUGGUCCUGGAGUGCGCGUGGCGGGUGUCCAACUGGACUGCCAUGAAGGAGGCGCUGGUGCAGGUGGAAGUGAGUUGCCCGAAAGAGAUGGCUUGGAAAGUUAACAUGUACCGAGGAUACCUGGCCAUCUGCCACCCCGAGGAGCAGCAGCUCAGCUUCAUAGAGCGCCUGGUGGAGAUGGCCAGCAGCCUGGCCAUCCGCGAGUGGCGGCGGCUGCCCCACGUCGUGUCCCACGUGCACACACCCCUUCUGCAGGCAGCCCAGCAAAUCAUUGAACUCCAGGAAGCUGCUCAAAUAAAUGCCGGUCUCCAGCCAAGCAACCUGGGCAGGAACAACAGCCUGCACGACAUGAAGACGGUGGUGAAGACCUGGCGGAACCGGCUGCCCAUCGUGUCGGACGACUUGUCGCACUGGAGCAGCAUCUUCAUGUGGCGGCAGCACCAUUACCAGGGUAAACCCACCUGGUCCGGCAUGCACUCAUCAUCUAUCGUAACUGCGUAUGAAAAUAGCUCCCAGCACGAUCCGAGUUCCAAUAACGCCAUGCUUGGGGUCCACGCGUCAGCUUCAGCGAUCAUCCAGUACGGGAAGAUUGCCCGAAAGCAAGGGCUGGUCAACGUAGCUCUGGAUAUAUUAAGUCGCAUUCACACCAUUCCAACCGUUCCUAUCGUGGACUGCUUCCAGAAGAUUCGACAGCAAGUGAAAUGCUACCUGCAGCUGGCGGGCGUGAUGGGCAAAAAUGAGUGCAUGCAGGGCCUUGAAGUCAUUGAAUCUACAAACUUAAAAUACUUCACGAAAGAGAUGACAGCGGAGUUCUAUGCCCUGAAGGGGAUGUUUCUGGCUCAGAUCAACAAGUCCGAGGAGGCCAACAAGGCCUUCUCCGCAGCUGUGCAGAUGCAUGACGUGCUGGUGAAGGCCUGGGCCAUGUGGGGCGACUACCUGGAGAACAUCUUUGUGAAGGAGCGGCAGCUGCACCUGGGCGUGUCCGCCAUCACCUGCUACCUGCACGCCUGUCGCCAUCAGAACGAGAGCAAGUCGAGGAAGUACUUAGCCAAGGUGCUUUGGCUUCUGAGUUUUGAUGACGACAAAAACACCUUGGCAGAUGCCGUGGACAAGUACUGCAUCGGGGUGCCGCCCAUCCAGUGGCUGGCCUGGAUCCCCCAGCUGCUCACGUGCCUGGUCGGCUCCGAGGGGAAGCUGCUCCUGAACCUUAUUAGCCAGGUUGGACGCGUGUACCCCCAAGCCGUCUACUUCCCGAUCCGGACCCUGUACCUGACCCUGAAAAUAGAGCAGCGGGAGCGCUACAAGAGCGAUUCUGGACAGCAGCAGCCAAGUUCAGUGGGUAACCAGUCCCAUUCUGCAUCAGAUCCAGGGCCCAUAAGAGCGACAGCACCCAUGUGGCGCUGCAGCCGAAUCAUGCACAUGCAGCGGGAGCUCCACCCCACCCUUCUGUCUUCCCUGGAAGGCAUCGUCGACCAGAUGGUCUGGUUCAGAGAGAACUGGCACGAAGAGGUGCUGCGGCAGCUCCAGCAGGGCCUGGCGAAGUGCUACUCGGUGGCCUUCGAGAAGAGCGGGGCCGUGUCAGAUGCCAAAAUCACGCCGCACACGCUCAACUUCGUCAAGAAGCUGGUGAGCACGUUCGGGGUGGGCCUGGAGAACGUGUCCAACGUGUCCACCAUGUUCUCCAGCGCUGCCUCCGAGUCCCUGGCCAGGCGCGCGCAGGCCACGGCCCAGGACCCCGUCUUCCAGAAGCUCAAAGGCCAGUUCACGACUGAUUUUGACUUCAGCGUUCCGGGGUCCAUGAAGCUUCACAAUCUUAUUUCUAAAUUGAAAAAGUGGAUCAAGAUCCUGGAGGCCAAAACCAAGCAGCUUCCAAAAUUCUUCCUUAUAGAAGAAAAGUGCCGGUUUCUAAGCAACUUCUCGGCACAAACAGCUGAAGUGGAAAUCCCAGGGGAGUUUCUGAUGCCCAAGCCUACGCAUUACUACAUCAAGAUCGCACGGUUUAUGCCCAGGGUGGAGAUCGUGCAGAAGCACAACACGGCGGCCAGGAGGCUGUACAUCCGCGGGCACAACGGCAAGAUCUACCCGUACCUGGUCAUGAACGACGCCUGCCUCACGGAGUCGCGGCGCGAGGAGCGCGUGCUGCAGCUGCUCCGCCUGCUGAACCCCUGCCUGGAGAAGCGGAAGGAGACCACCAAGAGGCACCUGUUUUUCACAGUGCCCCGCGUGGUGGCUGUGUCCCCGCAGAUGCGCCUCGUGGAGGACAACCCCUCCUCACUGUCCCUCGUGGAGAUCUACAAGCAGCGCUGUGCCAAGAAAGGCAUCGAGCACGACACCCCCAUCUCCCGCUACUACGACAGGCUGGCCACAGUGCAGGCCCGGGGCACCCAGGCCAGCCACCAGGUCCUCCGGGACAUUCUCAAGGAGGUGCAGAGCAACAUGGUGCCCCGCAGCAUGCUCAAGGAGUGGGCCCUGCACACCUUCCCCAACGCCACGGACUACUGGACCUUCCGCAAGAUGUUCACCAUCCAGCUCGCGCUCAUCGGCUUCGCGGAGUUUGUGCUGCACCUCAACAGGCUCAACCCCGAGAUGCUGCAGAUCGCGCAGGACACCGGGAAGCUGAACGUCGCCUACUUCCGGUUUGACAUAAACGACGCGACCGGGGACCUGGACGCCAACCGCCCCGUCCCUUUCCGCCUCACGCCCAACGUCUCGGAGUUCCUGACCACCAUCGGCGUCUCCGGCCCGCUCACCGCCUCCAUGAUCGCCGUGGCGCGGUGCUUCGCCCAGCCGAACUUCAAGGUGGACGGCAUUCUCAAAACCGUGCUCCGGGAUGAGAUCAUCGCCUGGCACAAGAAGACGCAGGAGGACACGUCCUCCCCGCUGUCGGCCGCAGGGCAGCCCGAGAACAUGGACAGCCAGCAGCUGGUCUCCCUGGUGCAGAAGGCCGUCACGGCCGUCAUGACCCGCCUGCACAACCUGGCCCAGUUCGAGGGCGGGGAGAGCAAAGUGAACACGCUGGUGGCUGCGGCCAACAGCCUGGACAACCUGUGCCGCAUGGACCCCGCCUGGCACCCGUGGCUGUGACCGCCCGGGCUUCUGCCCGCCGGCUUGCAUACCCGGCUCGGUUGCUCCCCGAGGGUGUGGGGGGCCCAGCACAGCGCGCUCUCACGUCUCACGGAAGCAGGGCGCCGUCAGCCACUGCUUCAUGGCUCUGUUUAUGGUGCCCUCCCGCUGCGUGUGCACAGGCCGUGCACGAGAGUGAUUGUAACCCUCCCAGAAGUCACCGCCACAGCGGCCCGGCCUGAGUGCACGGGCUGCGCUGUGAGGUCAGCAGCAGGACGCCCAGGACGACCGCACUGGACCAGACGGAGCUGGCCUGGGGAUCUCGGCGAGCGUCGGCGAAGCCGCGCCACCCCGCGGGACCCCCUUCCUGGCCGUCUGGGGUCCGCGUUGAGCUGGGUGAAGCCGAGUGAGCGGGCUGGCCGCUUCCUGUCGCCAGCUCUCGUGUUUAGUAGGCAUUGACAGACAUUGUGCCUCAUGGAUCACUCUCCUCCGUAAUUUAAAAAGAAGAAACAGGAGUUUGUUAACUCUGGUCUUUCUGUUAAGCUCACGUUUUUAUAAAUCUGAACAUCAAGAAUGUUCUAUCUAAAUUUGUACAGCGUGAUUUUUUUAGAAUAAAUAUUUUAUAAAAGGA